CAAAGGGUGAAGUUUAGAGGAGAGUAGGAGCUAACCAGCCACACUAGCAGAGAGCCCAGAGGUGUCUCCCGGGAUCACCAGGGCUAGGUUGGAGGAAGUGAAUCCAGACGUUUCUUCUCCGCGCUGGACAUUUGAUCUUUAUUUUCUUUUUUCAACUCUCCCAUUUUUCUCGCUGCCUUCUCCGCCUGGAGUGGAAUGCAAGCACCCGGGAUCCACUUGGGUCGAGGGUUUGAAUUCUGGCGCUUUAGAAGCUCUCACAAACUCCUCCCCUUUCUCCCUCCGCCCUCUUCCCUCUCGGUUCCUCGGCUGCUGCUGCAGCAGCAGCAGGAGAAGCAUCAGUGCGCCCGAGCUCCUCACGGCUGCAGGUUGAGAAGGGCUGCGAAGGAUGAUUUUUACUGGAAUUGGAUGGACUGCUUUAUUAAAUUGUUGAUUAACUUCAUUCACCUAUCAGAUCGGAAACAGUACUUGAUUUAAAAAUCUUUGACCUAUACCAAUAAGGACUGCACGUGGGAAACUUACUAUCAAACCCUAUCUCAUCAGUGACUCAUGUAUUGAACAGAUAACUUUUCAAGUGUGCCAACUGCCCCACCUAAAUGCUUCACGACUUGAUGGGACAUUUGCAUGACUCCUAAUUCCUUUCUGGAUUUGGACUUGAAUUCAAGCAGAAAUGUCACAAAUGGCAAAUGUCAAUCUCUGUGCCUCAGGAAAAUCAGGAAGUGUGCUCAAUGGAGACAGUGACAAAGAACAGAAAGACCCUUAUUUCGUGGAGACCCCCUAUGGUUAUCAGCUAGACUUAGAUUUCCUCAAGUAUGUAGAUGACAUACAGAAGGGAAACACCAUCAAAAAACUGAACAUCCAGAAGAGGCGAAAGCCAGCGCCGCCGUCCGCAGGGCCCAAGGAUCCCCAGGGCCAGUUCGGUGUGUGGGCUUCCACCGAGUCACUGUCCUCUUCGAAUAGCGAUGACACCAAGCACUGCCCCUCCUUCCUAAGUGCCAGGAGCCAAGCGGCAGCCUCUCCGGCCGCCCGGCAGCCCCCCGCGCCUCCUGACGCCUCUGCCUCUUUUCUUGCCAUCCCAGAAAACAAACAGCUGCCCCCUUCCUCACCGCAGCUCCCCCGGCAUAACCUUCAUGUCACCAAAACGCUGAUGGAGACCCGGAGAAGACUGGAACAGGAGAAGGUCAUCAUGCAGGUGGCCCCCGGAGAGUACCGGCGACCCAGACUGGCCAGCUUUGGCGGUCUGGGCUCCACGGGCUCCCUCCCCUCCUUCCUGGGCUCUGGGAAUCACAACCCCGCGGCCCAUCCGCUCCAGAAUGGGUACCCAGGCAACGGGGACUGCGGCCUGUACAGCGCCGCCGCCGCCGCCUCCUCCCUGGGGAGCUCGCUGCGGCACAGCCCCAUGAGCUCCGGCAUUUCCACGCCCGUGACUAACGUGAGCCCGCUGCACCUGCAGCACAUCCGAGAGCAAAUGGCCAUCGCCCUGAAGCGCCUCAAGGAGCUGGAGGAGCAGGUGAGGACCAUUCCCGUGCUGCAGGUCAAGAUUUCCGUCCUGCAGGAGGAGAAGCGGCAGCUGGCCUCCCAGCUGAAGAGCCAGAGGCCGGCCUCCCAGAGCGACGCGGGCGGCCUGCGGCCGCGGUCCUACAGCGCGGGCAACGCCGGCCAGCUGCAGCAGCUGUCCAGGGUGCGCGGAGGAGGCGGAGGGGAGCUGUACAUCGACUGCGAGGAGGAGGAGAUGGAGAGCGUGGAGCAGAGCGCCCAGAGGAUAAAGGAGUUCAGGCAGCUCACGGCCGAGAUGCAGGCCCUGGAGAAGAAGAUCCAGGACAGCAGCUACGAGGCCCCCCCGGAGCCCAGAGAAAACGGGGAGCCCCCCGCCCGGGGCCGCAGGUCUGUGGCCGUGGGCGCCGACCGCGUGGAGGAGGGGGCCGUGGCUCGCAAGGAGGCCGCCGUGGGCACGGAGACGCGCACCAGAGACUGCGGAGUCGGGGUCACGGAAGCCAUGCUCGGGGUCACCACCGAGGCGGACAAAGAGAUAGAAUUCCAGCAGCAGACCAUAGAAGCUCUGAAAGAGAAGAUCUACAGGCUGGAAGUCCAGCUCAAGGAGACCACGUACGACCGGGAGAUGACGAAGCUGAAGCAGGAGCUGCGGGCGGCCGGCUCCCGGAAGAAGGUGGACAAAGGCUGCAUGGCCCAGCCGCGCGUGCUGCACCGCAUGGUGGAGGCGGUCGUGCAGACCAGAGACCAAACGGCGGGCCCCCACGUGGCCGUGGCGGAUGCCUGCGUGGGCACGUCUCUGCAGACGUGUAGCAGGGGCGUCUCCUGCAGGCCGGGCGGGGACCAUAAACUCGUGGGGCCCGAGCUGCCCAUGAGUCGGUGGGUGGUGAAGGAGCGCGCGGAGACGCGCGACCAGUGCGUCGGCCGGUCCACGGAGACGCGCGACAAGGCCGUGGAGACCAGCGUGUGCGCAGCGGGCGGCCACACGGACGGGUCUCCCCGCGAGGCCCAGCCCGAGGUCAGGGACGUGCGAUCCGUGGCUUGUGGGGACUGUUCCGUGCUGGUGACCGUGUGCUCCCCGGCGGAGCGCCAUUCCCAGGGCAUCAACACGGAGCCCCCGUGCCUGGCGGACUCCUCCGUCAUGGCCGCGCCUCAGACCGUGAGCCGGCACACGGCCACAGCGUUGGAGCAGGCCGACCAGUUCACCAACACCGAGGCGCCGCCUCUCGCGGACUGCGGCACCAACACUUCCCUCAGCACGCUGGACAAGCAGACCAACACGAGGACGGUGGACGUGCGGACCGUGGCGGUCGGGGAGGGCAGAGUCAAGGACGUGGCCGCUUCCAGCAAGACGCGCUCCGUGGGCGUGGGGACGCUGCUCUCCAGCGACGCUGCCUUGGACAAGCCCUCGGCCGUGAAGACCAAGGACGCGGGCGUGGGACAGAUAAGCAUCCACGAGAACUACCUGGUGGGCCUUAAGCUGAGGAAUAUGGCCUGCGGGCCCCCGCCAUUGACUGUCGGCUCGGCGGCCAGCCGGAGGAGCGUCGGGGUCGGAGAUGAGCCUGUGGGUGAGCUGGUGGGGCCCCCCCCAAGCCAGGCUCCCGAGCUGAUGACGGGCUUAGACCACUACAUCGAACUGGUCCAGAAGCUCUUGGCGGAACAACAGACGCUCUUGGCCGAAAACUAUAGCGAACUCGCCGAGGCUUUUGGGGAGCCUCAUUCGCAGAUUGGCUCGCUCAACUCGCAGCUCAUCAGCACCCUUUCAUCCAUCAACUCUGUGAUGAAGUACACGAGCCCCGAAGAACUGAGGAAUACAGACGUCCAGAGACAGAACCUGGAUAAAACUGCAGGACAUAACUUGGAAUGUAUCUCUAACAGUCAUGUUACUUCAUCAGAUGUGACUUCCAAUGCUGAAAUUACAAUGCAUGAACAAGAGGAUGGGACCAGAAAAGGGGCAAAGGUUACCAUGAUAGGAGUUAGCCCUGACCAAGAGUCCUUCCCCUCUCAAGACAAUACAUCUCCAGUUAACCUAACAGAUGACCAGAUUGCUGCUGGUCUUUAUGUAUGUGCCAAUAGUGACGGUACACUGAAGUCUAUUAUGAAGAAAGAUGGGAAAAAAGAAUCCAACAGUACUAAAAAGAAUCUUCAGUUUGUCGGCAUUAAUGGAGGGUACGAAACAACCUCAAGCGAUGAUUCCAGCUCAGAUGAAAGUUCUUCUUCUGAGUCAGAUGAUGAAUGUGAUGUCCUGGAAGAGGAGUUGGUGGAGGAGAACACUCAGGGAAUGGCGGAAGGGCAGCAUGCAGUUAAUGUUGAAAGUUUCAGGUCCGUCGGUGUGGAAAAUGAGAUAAAGGUUCAAGAAAGCAAGCCAGAGAAGGUGGAAAUCAGAGAGAGGUACGAAUUAAAUGAAAAGAUGCUAUCUGCAUGCAAUCUACUGAAAAAUAACAUCAAUGAUCCAAAAGCUCUGACCAGCAAAGAUAUGAGAUUCUGUCUCAAUACCAUCCAGCAUGAAUGGUUUCGGGUAUCGAGUCAGAAGGCAGCCAUCUCUGCCAUGGUUGGAGACUACAUUGCUGCUUUUGAGGAAGUUUCCCCUGAGGUCUUGCAGUACAUCAUCAACAUGGCGGAUGGCAAUGGAAACACGGCCCUCCACUACAGCGUCUCUCACUCCAACUUUGAGAUUGUGAAGUUACUUUUGGACGCCGAUGUGUGCAAUGUAGACCAUCAGAACAAAGCCGGCUACACCCCCAUCAUGCUUGCAGCACUAGCUGCUGUGGAAGCGGAGAAAGAUAUGAGGGUGGUGGAAGAACUUUUUGGCUGUGGAGAUGUGAAUGCCAAAGCCAGCCAGGCUGGGCAGACAGCCCUCAUGCUUGCAGUCAGUCACGGAAGGAUCGACAUGGUGAAGGGUCUGCUGGCCUGCGGAGCAGAUGUCAACAUCCAGGAUGAUGAGGGCUCCACGGCCCUGAUGUGUGCCAGUGAGCAUGGGCACGUGGAGAUAGUCAAGCUCCUGCUGGCCCAGCCCGGAUGCAACGGUACCCUGGAGGACAAUGAUGGAAGCACCGCACUCUCUAUUGCCUUGGAAGCAGGACACAAAGACAUAGCUGUUCUUCUUUAUGCCCAUGUCAACUUCUCCAAACCCCAGUCACCGGGCACACCUAGGCUUGGAAGGAAGACGUCACCUGGGCCUACCCACAGAGGGUCGUUUGAUUAGUGAUGGGCAAAUAUUCCUGUGUCUUCAUGCCACCAUUACGCUGCUAACUGUUACUGUUUUUUUAUGGUGACAGAAACUGAAUGUAAAUGUCUUGUGCCUGAACUCACCAGCAAACAAGGAGCAGAAGCCCAGUGUGAAAGGCAGAAAACAUUCAAACUUAAAAAAGCAAUAGGCAGGCACCUUGCUAAUUGAUGCAGGUAGUGCCAUUAUCUUCUGACUAUUUUUCCACCUACGUAGGACCCACCAUCAAUCUGUUCUGUUGCUGUCGAGUCUCCAUGUUCCGUUAUGUACAGUUUUCAGGAAUUGUAAACUCACCUGAGCAGGCUGCUUUUACCUCCUUCCCUUCAGCCCCUGCCCCAGCCCUGUGACACUCCAAUAGCGUCACAGUCUCAGUGAUAUCCCUUUUGUCUUCUGCUCGGUUCAUGUGUGUGUGUGUGAGGUAUCUUUCUUGAAAGAUAUUUAUAUUUACUAAAUGUGGAAUCUGUUAGCAAUAAUUCUUCUCUUAAAUUCCAUUCCAGAAUGAUUUUGAUUUUUUUCCCCUCUUUUCGUCUUUAUAAUUUUAAGCUAAAAAAGUUGGAAUGGCUUUGGUUGUCUAAGCUCCUUGGGUCUAAGCUGGUGGGUUUCUUCUGAAUUAGGAAAAGGUGGAAUUCUCUGAAGCCUAAAACACACUACAGAAAAAUGUCUACAGUUGGUUAUGUUUAUUGGAUGUAUUAUAUAACUUUUUAUAUAAAAGAUAACUAUAUGAAAUUAAUUCACACAGUAUUUUCAACUUUUAUAUUCUCUAGUAACUAAACACAUGAAGAAUUAUGUGUAAUAUUACCAUAUUUUUAUUAAUAAUUGCACAUCCCUAUUCAUAGCUAAUGUUUAAAUUUUGAAUUAUGUUAGAGGGAUUGGGAAUAUAUUCAUCUCUGGAGGCCUAUAGUUUAGUUCUGCAUAUUUAUGGAACCCUUUAUAUCAUGUCACACUCACUUUAGGCCUAUAUGUAUUUAAAUGUUUGAAGUGCCUUAGACUCUUGCCAUAUUUUCAAAAUAAAAUUUCAUUAUGCUCUUUU